AUGUCAACCGAAAGUGAUUCAGUUUAUGGAACAACAUUGUCCCAAGAAUCGAUGAAAGUGAUUGCCGAGAGUAUCGGCGUAGGUAACCUCCCUGAUGAGGCGGCAAAAGAUCUUGCUGAGGACGUCAGCUAUAGACUUAAAGAAAUUAUUCAGGAUGCGGCAAAAUUUAUGCGACACGGAAAACGCCAAAAAUUAACUACCCACGACAUUGACAAUGCGCUUAAAAUAAAAAAUAUUGAGCCAACCUAUGGAUUCUUCGCCAAGGAGCACAUCCCGUUUCGGUUCGCGUCAGGUGGAGGUCGCGAACUGCAUUUUGUGGAGGACAAAGAACUGGAUUUGCAGGAGAUGAUUUCGAUGGCCAGUGGACCAGCAUUACCAAAAUUGCCACUGGAUGUGACUUUGCGGGCCCAUUGGCUCUGUAUCGAUGGGGUACAACCAACGAUUCCUGAGAAUCCACCCCCUGUAUCAAAAGAAUCUCAAAAACUUGAAAGUGUGGAUCCAACAGCGAAGCUUGUUGCCAAGACAACGAACGUUGGUGUAGGAAAACCAGGAGGUGGAGGUAAAAGCCAAAAGCUGCGAAAUGUCGAAACAGUUCAUGUUAAACAAUUGGCGACUCAUGAGUUAAGUGUGGAGCAGCAGUUGUACUACAAAGAAAUCACAGAAGCUUGUGUGGGUUCUGAUGAAGCGCGUAGAGCUGAGGCCCUUCAAUCGUUAUCCGCAGAUCCAGGGCUCCAUGAAAUGCUGGCUAGGAUGUGCACAUUUAUUGCCGAGGGUGUUCGAGUUAACGUAGUACAAAAUAAUCUGGCAUUAUUGAUUUACCUGAUGAGAAUGGUUAAAGCGUUGCUCGAUAAUCCGAGUUUAUACUUGGAAAAAUAUCUUCAUGAGCUCAUACCAUCUGUUGCUACGUGUAUUGUCUCGAAACAAUUGUGCAUGAGACCGGAGGCGGAUAAUCAUUGGGCACUCCGUGAUUUUGCAUCAAGAUUGAUGGGUCAGAUUUGUCGGAAUUUUAACACUUCGACUAAUAAUGUUCAAACGCGUGUUACCAGGAUGUUCAGUCACGCUUUAACGAAAAACAGUCAAACUCCGUUAGCAUCACUUUAUGGGGCAAUAAGCGGUCUUUGUGAAUUGGGCCCUGAAGUAAUCAAAAGUUUGGUGAUACCAAAAAUAAAAUCUAUUUCAGACCGUAUUGAAAACUCUGCGGAAGGAUUAACAUCUAAUAUUGAUAAAAAUGCUGCUGGACAUAUUAAAACUGUAUUAAUGAAAACUGUCGCUCCAGUUUUGAAAACAAUACGCUCACCACCAGACUUUGUGGAAGAAUAUAAACUCGACUACGGUUAUAUGGGUCCAAUGUUAUGUUCAGCUGUUGCAAAAGCACGUACGCAACCUCUGACAGCAGUAACUCCAACAGCCGUUAGUUUAACAACUAAUCAGCAACAAAAUCCCACUAUGAGCAGCAAGAGUUUGAUUCAAAGCGAGCAUAUCUCAGUGACAAAUCCAAGCCCAAGUCAGCAACGAACAAUAGUAGUAGGUCCGGGUAGAAAUCCGACGGUCACUUCAACGCCUGGUGGACAAAAAUAUGUUAUUCUACAAUCGAGAUCUCAAACACCAACAAGUACCACUAUUCAACAACAGCAACAACCACAGCAAUCUCAGCCCGGCCAACAACAGUCGCCUCAACAAAUAAAAGUUAUGUCAACUAGUAUUCAGCAAAAAUCCCAGAUACAACCUAAUAGUUCUAAAUUGGUUGUUGUUUGUAUGGCUAAUACCAGCCAUGUAAGUACUCCAAGUGUUUCGCAAGUUUCAUCAGUCAGUACGAAUCCACCCAACGUUUUGAUAACGCAAACAACUACUGAUCAGCCACUCAGCCCUUUUGAUGAUCACUCGUUAAUGUGA